CGGGUAUUUAAGGGGCUGCCGGCGAGCCGCGCUCACUCCUCAGACGGGAACGAGACACGGUGUGCGGACGUGAACGCGUGCGAAGUCGAUCGCCAACGUUAAACCGAUUGCCCCCUCGCGUCUUCGCGAUCGAGUCGUGAUUCGGCGGGCGCGCGCGGGUCCUCCGUCAAGUGUUACGCAGUGGACGAGAGACACGAGAGUGCUGCCUGGGCGAGAAACAUGGCCGACAGUGGUAUCAAGCGCAACAUUCCCAUCAAACUCGGUGACUUCAGCGUGAUCGACACCGAGUUCUCCAACAUACGCGAGCGCUUCGACGCCGAGAUGAGGAAGAUGGAGGACGAGAUGUCGCGGUUCCGCAGCGAGCUGAUGAACCGCGAGAGCAACAACUUCUUCAAGAGCACCACCAGCCGGCAUCACUCGAGCACCAGCGAGCACCGCACGUCGACGACCUCGAAGACCGAAGGUUGGGACAAGGUCGACCCUGCAGCACCGCCGAAGCGGUCCGCGUUCGACAGCUUCAAAAGCACCACCACUCAGCAACAGUCCACUCAGAACAGCAGUUCUCUGAGUCCUCAGCACGACCAUGCCUGGCUGGAUGGUCUCAACAGUCCUCUCAUCCAGGACGAGGGUGACAGCAAAAUGCUGAAGCUGCGCUUCGAUGUCUCGCAGUACACGCCCGAGGAAAUCGUCGUCAAGACUGUGGACAACAAGCUACUGGUCCACGCCAAGCACGAGGAGAAGACGGAGAGCAAAUCGGUGUACAGGGAGUACAACCGAGAAUUCCUGUUGCCGAAGGGAACCAAUCCCGAGAGCAUCAAGUCUUCCCUGAGUAAGGACGGCGUCCUUACCGUGGAGGCACCUUUACCGGCGAUAGGCUCCGGCGAGAAGCUAAUCCCGAUCGCACACCAGUAAACCAUCAAUCCAGUGACGAAUUGCGGAAAGUCGAUUUCUAAUUUUCUGCCUUAAAUUCAUCCCGGUUCCAAUCACCAUACCACUUAUCCAAAUUGGGCCUCUCCUUCGUAAGUCCCUUAUUCCUUUCUUUACUAUUGUCUUAUAGUAACUCAAAGAUGAUCCAUUCUCGCGAGGUUUGACCAAUUUAAACAGGAAAAAGCGACCCCGCGCGCCAAGUGUCUGGUGCGCAUCGACUUUCGUAAAAGAUUUAAAAAGAGAAGACGAAAUCAAACGUAGUGCAAUGUUGAAGUGCUAUAAAUGUGAAAAAAAAAGUCAGCUAAAAUGUUUGAUAAGAUAUUUUUCCUUUUUCAUACGAACAGCUUUAUUCCUUUGAUACACAGGAUAUUUCCCUCGUAGAAAUAGUAAUUCUUUUUUCGAUCAGAAAUGUGCAUUGCCUUUUGAAACGAUAUUAAGUAGAUUUUCUUUUUUAAGUUAUGAGCUGUAUUGCUUACUCGUGCACUUGCGUACCAACGAGUCGGAAAUUCAUGAAUCAACGAUCGUUUGUAAACGGUUAACUUAUGUAUGUGUUAGUUUAGGUGUACGUUAAAAGACUAUAACACAAUGCUUAGAAUAUAUGACCAUUAUAUUGAUAUUAUUUAUGAAUAUUUUAAUAUUUCCGAAACGUGCGCAACAACACACACGCAGGCUCAACAAAUACACAUACGCACAUACAACACACAUAUACACAUACACAAAACAUAAUGUUUAAAGGUAAUGCGAACGCAAAUUUAAAUAAAAAUCUAUGAUAAAUGUAA